AUGACUCUAUCUCCUGAAACACUUCUUGUUGUGUUAGCAAUCGCCAUGUGCUCACUUCUUCUCCUUUUUUCAAUUGCAGUCGUUAUCGUUUUUCACUGUUGCAAAGUGGAAUCACUGCACAAUUUACCACAUGCUGUUUUGGAACGAACCCGACACUCUGUAAAUUGGGCUCGUCACUCGGUUUUCAGUCAUUCCAAUGACGAUUUCGAUGAAGAAAUGUGUGGAGAUACGCUACAUCGACAGUUCCUACAACCACCUCCAACGGCUGUCUAA